CGCCCUUUCGUCUCCUUUGGGCCUCCGUAGUCAGAGCGCUGAGCAGCUGCACAUGUGACAGUUCAACUGGUGUUCUACACAUACACAGCGUUCUCCUCCUCUUCAUCACCAUGGCACUGUUCACCAUGGCUUUCACCCUGGUCCGGCACGGGGAAACGCAGUUCAACAAAGACGGCCUCUUACAAGGGCAGGCCAUCGACUCGUGUCUGUCUGAGACCGGCGUCCAGCAGGCAGAGGCGGCAGGCCGUUACCUGAGAGACGUCACCUUCACCAACGUCUUCGUCAGCAACAUGCUGCGGGCCCGUCAGACGGCAGAGGUCAUCCUGAAACACAACAGCAGCGGCGCUGGUCUGGAGAUGGUCUGCGACGCUUUACUGAAGGAGAAGAGCUUCGGCGUGGCAGAGGGCCGGCCGGUGGAGGCGUACCGGGCGAUGGCGGCGGAGGCUGGUGAGACGACGGUGGACUUCGUGGCACCAGGGGGCGAGAGCGAGCAGCAGGUGACGGAGCGCUUCAGGGUGUUUCUAGAAUCCAUGCUGCGCCGCAUUGAUGCCGACCACUGGCUCAACCGCCCGGAACCGGUCCCCUCCGCAUCAGAGCCUCUGGUCUCCCCCCCGGCGGAGGGCCGGGCGGACGAGGGGCUGGGGGCCCUGGGGGCCCCGGGGGUCCACGCCCUGCUGGUGGGUCACGGCGCCUACAUCCGCUCGGCCGUGCGCCACCUGCUGCAGGCGCUGGGCUGCUCGCCGCCGCCCGGCGUCGACCACGCCAACAUGCUGUCGCUCAGCCCCAACACCGGCCUGUCCCGCUUCGUCCUCACGCUCGCCCGGGACCAGGGAGGGCUCGCCAUCAGGGGGGUGCGGGGGGUCUUCGUCCACAGAGCGGACCACCUUAAAUAACCAUGGGGGUGGGGGAGGAGGGUAGUUGACUACGGAGCAAACCAUCCUUAAUGAUUUAGUUUAUUGAUGCUGUUGGCAUAUGAAGAGAAUUUCAACCAAUGUGACAUAACGUGCAAAAGAAUGCCUUUAAUCCUUCCAUAGUGAUCACUCAAUAGCCUUCUGUUUUAUCUGAUCUGUAGAUGUUAAAAGAUAACCAAAUCAGUGAUGAUUUAGAAACUUAUUUUACGUUUUCUGUUCAAAUGGUGUGUGUGUGUGUGUGUGUGUGUGUGUGUGUGUGUGUGUGUGUGUGUGUGUGUGUGUGUGUGUGUCAGUCACUGCCGGCCCGCGGCUCCAUGCUGGGACACCCUGGUUGUUGAAUCACAUAAAUGUGUUCUCUAAUGAGUUCCUCCAUCUAUAUCGGUGAGUCUGGGCUAUAUCGAGAACAGAAUGCCGCUGAACUGUUGACUCUGUAGCCAAUCAGUUACUUUCAUCGUUGUCAAUUAACCUUCGGGCUGGAGGCAGACCCAUGCUUCACUUCACCCACACCACCUUAGCGCCGAUAAGGAAGAUGAUUCGGAGCAACGUAUGACUGAUGAUGCUGCUCUAUAACUGAUGAAGAGGAUGGGAGGAAGGGCAAUGUGAGCACAAUACAGUAAACACAAAAAAACAA